AUGGAUGCUCAUGAAAAUGCUCCGUCUCAUAGAGCCUGUUUCGCUGAUUGGAAAGAGCUCGAAAGAAAUCUGAGAACUAAUAGCGCUAUCGAUAUCGAAGUGCAAUCAGUGUAUGCAACCGAGAAACAGAAAUGGAGGUAUGUUCUCAGCAGAAUAAGUCACUGCAUCAAAUUCCUGGCUACACAGAAUUUGCCACUCAGAGGCCACCGGGAAAACCAAUGCGAAGACGUGGGUAAUAUCGGGAAUUUUCUCGGCCUAAUGAAGCUCGUCGCAAACUUCGACCCAAUCAUCAAGGACCACAUGACUCGCUCUCGGGGAAAUCCGGGCUCGACGUCCUAUCUGGGGUCUAGAACGCAGAAUGAGCUCAUUCAUCUCAUGGCAGGACAAGUGAAGGAAAAACUCCUGAGAAAAAUCAGAAAGGCCAAAUAUUACGGGAUUCUCGUGGAUUCCACACCCGAUCUUGCUCACAGAGAGCAACUUUCGUUCGUGUUGAGAUAUGUCGACGUUGAUUAUGAACAGAAAAAAGCUCAGGUCAGGGAGUCUUUCCUCGGCUUCGUUCAAGUACAUGAAAAGAAUGCUGAGGCAUUGGUAGCGACGAUCUUGAAAAACUUGAGGACGACAAGCUGGAUUUCGGGAACUGCCGGUCCCAAUGCUAUGACAAUGCCGCCGUCAUGGCCGGUCACCGCUCCGGUGUGA